ACAUUAGUGCUUAAACUUCGGACAAGCAUAUCGUGCAGUAGCGGUUGUGUUGCGCGCGCCAGAAUACAAAUUCAUUUGCGGGGUAUUAAGUGCAAUUUGUGUUAAAAAAAAAUUUGUUCUUGGCUCUGCAUUUAAAGAGUAUAAUGUGGGUGAAACUCGCAUACCGUGUGGCUGUCAUACAUCUCGUGUUGGGAGCCUCCCUCAUCCCUUGUCCAGACCACUGCCACUGCCAGUAUAACACCGAAAACUUGGAGGCAUCAUGCGAAAAUUUCGACUUCCUAAACAAACUGCUACCCAAACAGUACGCUAGCAUCGCGAAACUAAAAAUAACCGGUACAUCGGGAACUAUAAGUCCGAAGUUGAAGUACUUGAAGAAUCUAAACAGCUUGGAUUUAUCGCAUACCAACGCGAUGUUGAGUAGUUUGCCCAACAUGCCUAAAUUAAAGAGCCUUGAUUUAAGUGGCAACAAUCUAAAGGGCGUCAAGUUAUCGCUUCUGCCGCAAAAUUUAGAGGAGCUGAAUCUAACAGAUAAUUAUUUAUCGUACAUUCCAAAAGACUGGAGUCAUUUCAACCGUAUUAAAAUUAUUCGUCUGACUAAUAACCCAAUACACUGCGAUUGCGAUAAUAUUUUUAUCUAUAAGGAAAUGCAAAAGCAUAACAUAGAAUUUGGGGAAAUCACCUGCGAUUCCGGGAAAACUAUUGAAACCACGGACUGCUCCCCUUUGGAUUUAAUGAUGGGCGAUGAAGGUUCCGGCGACACAGAAGGCGAGAGUCCGCUCCCUGAGGUUCCUUUAAUGGAAAACGAAGAGCCGCAUGAGGAAAACGUGUUUUUACCGUACGAAGAAACCACCAGUGCGAAACCUCAAGAAACCACUGCCCCGGAAGUCAUCGAUGAACAGGAGGGAAGCGGUUCGUCGAAUGAGGAGUUAAUCCCGCACGUCUUGGCAACUGAUUACGACGCAAAUGAAACGGACAGUGAGGGCAGCGGGGCAGGUGUUUUGAUACCGGCAUCAGUGGACCUGCCAAAAGCAUGCACCGAAAACUGCGAGCAACCUGAACCGGUUGGUGCUAAAGAUGAGGAAGAUGCAUCUCCAUUGCCGGGGCUGAAGGACCAAAUCAACAUUUUGAGCAACGAUUUCAACAUUUUCUAUGAAGAUAAAGUGACUACAACGACAACCACAACCACAACCACAACAACUGAGAAGCCAAUCGUGACGGAGGUUAAUGUUGUUAAGGAGGUUGAGGAAAAACUGGAGAAAUCAAGCGACAAAGUUAACUUGACGUUGCAUGAAAACACAAAGUUGGGCAGAUCUUCGAUUGAAACAUCACAGGCUAAUAGCGAUACUGUCUAUGUUAUAAUAGGCGUCAUUGCUUUGGCUUUAGUUUGUUUGUUGGUAUUCUUCAUCAAAAGGCAUGGGAAUGGCAAGCAGAAAAAACAAAAGGCCGGGGAGGAUUUCGGGGAGGAAAUGAAUUUGAUGGGCAAACCUGCCAUUCAACCAAUCAACGAGAAGCCGGCUAAAUCUGAACAUAUACCUCUUAUGAACGGCCAGAAUGGGAAUGUCAAUGAAAAAGAUGCCGAAGAUUUUAGUGACGUAGAGUUGAGACCUCCACAAGUGAACCAAGACUUGCUCACUCCAAAACGCGAAAGGGUCACAAUCAAGGAAACCGAAAUUCCAGACUCCAUCCCGAAAACUCCUCUUCUAGUUCAUCGAGAGAAAAACAGCGAGGGGGAGAUCGUCUUAACCCCCGUUGACAAUAAUUAGUGUUACCUCAGUAUUUAUUACAGAAUACCAAUUGUGAUAAAUCGACUUACUUUGUGGUCGUUCCUAUUAAUUAGUGUGUGCGUUAUGUUGUUGACUGUACAUUGAAAUUGAUCCCAAAUUUUACGUGACUGAUUCUGCGAGGCUUGUGAUAAUUUUCUUUCCAAAAUUUUCGAGUGAAAACAGUUCAAACCAAAGUAUCACUGUUCAUUUAAUUUAAAUCGAUUGAUAGACUGUUUUUGUAUUUAAAAAAAAGCUAAAAAGACAGGGUAAAUGUGUUGAACAAAGUUAUCAUAUUUAUGUACGUUUUCUUUAUAAUAAAAUUAUUUAUAGCUUUUA